GAAAAAAAUUCGUCUUUUAAAAAAUAAUUCAUUGGCUACAAAAAAUGAAUUAAAACAUAUAUAUUUAUAUUUUAACGAAAAUCGGAAUGAAAUAGAUAAUAAAAAUGAACGUUGUAAAUACAUUUCUUAUAAUUUAGACAUGAUAUGGCAAGAAUGGAAUAACGAAUAUAAAACUAUAAUUAACGAAGGCGGUAAACUUUAUUUCUUUGAAUAUUUAAGUAACAAGUUACAUGAUAAAAUUAAACAUAUAAUGGUUGACAAAUUUAUUAAACUUGGUUUCAAGUAUGAUUCAUCAGUCCAAAAGAUUGUUGUACCAAUACCAAUACCAAAACAAUUAAAUUUUGAUUUUUCAUCAAAUUAUACAAUUACUGAUGAGAUGACUGCACUUAUGCAAACUGAAUCUAAUGAGGACACAAUUUUAAUGAGCAGAGAUAAAGAAUUAAAAAUACCGUCUGAAAAUUGUAGAACGUUGGAAGUAAUCGAUUCUGUUCAACAAGUGAAAGCUCUAUAUUUGCGAUCAAAAAUGCGACUUGAUUCCUAUAUUCGCGACUAAAAUCUUUCAUUGGCAAAUCGAACCGGUACAUUGGUGAAAAAUAAACGUUAUCUAUUGCAAUUAUCUAAGGGUUGUAAAACGAUAACGCCUACUGAAGCCGCCAUCAUCCUGUUUGAUAAUGCCGACCGCAAAAGAGAAACAGAAUGAAAGCAACUUUAUUACUGAACGCAUAAAGUUUAUUUUCGAAUGCUGAUAUUAGCAUUCGAAAAAUAGACGACUAGUUCAGUUGCUCUACGCCGCGCCGUUCUAUAUUCUUUUAUUAUUUUGUGUAAAACUAGUAGUUAUGUUGGUCACCGUGGGGGAGGGGAAUACGGCAGGAACGGCCUACCCGCCAAUGGCAAUUAAUACUGCCGGCGAACAAACCGUUUCAACGCCCCCCGUUCGAACCGCUAACCACCUGAGUACUGCCGCACAAACACGUCCGCGUAAAAUUACUACUCUCGCUGUGGACCUGGAAUUUGACAACGGCUUUGUGACGGCCUUACUUGACUCUUAAGCACAAAAAUCGUAUACCACUCGAGCAACAGCUCACAAAUUUGGAAUUGUGCACAACGGACAAACACCCCCAGUUAGGUUAGCUGACGGUCACACAACAGCACGGCCGGCACAGCUACCUUUAUAACAAAAAUUGCGGAUCUACAAGUAAAGUUCACAGCUGUUAUCUUAGAGAAUCUAUACUGUGACGUACUUCUGGGACACGAUUUUCUAACAGAAUAGGAAGUCUCCUGGGACUACGCUGCAGGUAUAAUUCACUUGGGCGCGACGCGUCACACUACAGCUUGUUGGAAAGCGAGUACUCGGCACACGCUACCCGAUGUAGAUCUAUCAACACUACACCCAAAGAAAAACCUCAAUCAAUUUUAAUAGAGAAAUUUUAUCAAGGGUUUAUGAUAAUGUUUUAUUAAUACGAACAAAAUAAUUAUUCUUAUAAAUAAUUAUUGUUCAAGACAAGAAAAAAAAUUAUCAUAUUGAUAAAUAUAUCAUAGAUUCAAUAGUAACGAUAUAUUUAUCAAAUUGAACAAUGAAUUUAUUAUAUAGAUCGAGGUUUUUCUCUGGGUGUAGUUAAGCAAGGCGACCCACAUACGCGCGAACUAUCAUUACAGAUAGUGAAAAACUGCGCUACGUUUUUAAUGACACGGUGGGACGCAUAACGCUCAUUGAACACGCAUCACUCACUUUACUAGUGCCAGCCCGAGAAUAGAGGCUGACACCACCACCCUUAGCAUCAAACAUG